AUGUCGGUCCUCCCUUCCAUCCCUCGAGCCUGCCGAGCAUCCUCUUCCCGACUACCUCAACACCCACCUCUACGUACGACCGCUUUCACGAGUAUCCAUUCAAUCUCAAUCCGUAACUUGUCGCUCUUACCUUCCAGAUCACCGUCCUCCGUACCUUUCUUCUUACCCCACCUCGGACUUGGGGGAGCAAAACAUCAAGCUCAAUUGCCAGAGUAUGGUAAAGGGAAAGAAAGACAGCCUGAUGAGGAUGAAGAGGUCGAUGAUAGGGAAUGGGAUAUGAGGGUAGCUCGAGCGAUGUUACAUCUCCAAGAGACUCUUCCACUAUUCUUUGACCCAGAAAUGAAUUCUACCAACAUGUUCCCUCAGAAUAUAUUCAGCAAGCAUAUGGUGUUGAAAUUACCUGCACCCUUACCUCUCAAGAUAUCUUCGUUAUCUGGCUAUUCGAUGGCCUUCUCUUUGACCAGAAGUGGAAUGCAUGCAUUACACACAGAUCUCCGAUCCGACCUCGAACGAAUGUCAUUUUCGCCUUCACCAUCCGACUUGGCUCAAUCAGAUCCUAAAUCCGCGUUGCUACUAGCGAAGAAACCUGUACCGGCCCAUCGACAGAAACAGAUCAGAGUACAGGUUGCUGUAUAUGGUACAUUGAGAUUACCGCCUCAUAAAGAAGCGAAAUGGCAUACUUCUUCAUUAUACACUUUCUCCCCUUUUUCUGGCCUUAUAACUUCCCAUGAAGUAGAAACUAUCCGACCACUACCCGGAGAAGGUGUAGCCGAAUGGUUGAUGUCUAGAUUACUUGGCUGGACUUCAAGACAAUCAGUCAAUGAAGGUGCUGUGCCAUGUCCUCGGACUGUAGCUCUACCUACGAGGAAUGAGAUGGAGAGGUUCAAGAGGGGUUCGGAUGGCGAUCGAUCAAGGGAUCAAUAA